GUAACAUUUCGGCGCAUUGAGCGUUUCUCAAGGAUUCGGAUUUUGCGCGUUAUAAGACUCAUUCAUUCAUUCAUUUCCUCCUUGCAUGGUAAACACUUUAGUUAUGAAAACCUUUAUUGGACGGAGUAGGGGCGUGGCCUGUGGUAGUGUGAUUGUGUGUGUGUGUGAUAGUGUGUGUGUGUACGAGAAGGCGAAGCCAGUACGAGGGUUUGUGUCGUGAAACUCUAGGGGUAGGAGCACGUGGAGAUGGUAGAGGCUAUGAUUGCCGUCACCCCGGCCUAUCACACUCUCACUUGUCUGGUGUAGACAAUUUUGAGCGGCCCUCGCAGAUGUUUACUGUGGCACUUGUUUACGCAUCCCACAUGGAGUAGUGUAAUAUUGUCAUGAACCAGCCUGGUUCAAGGCCAGAACAGCAGCUGAAGCGGGUGUAGAUAAUUACAGGUGGGCCGUGGUCAAAGGAAGCGGACAGCGAGAGGAAGCCUUUCUGUCCGUUUCUACUUGACAGGUCGCCGUGAUUGAUAGGGGCGAUCGAGGCCAGAGUAGGGAGGUGUCAGGCACCAGCUUGGUUCAAGGCCACGACAGAGCCAACGCGGGUAUAGAUAAUUACAGGUGGGCCGCGGUCAAUGAAAGCGGACAGUGGAGGGAAGCCUCUCUGUUCGUUUUCAUUGACUUGACAGGUCGCCUUGAUUGAUGGAGGCGAUAGAGGCCCAGGGUAAGGGGGUGUAAGGUGUAGUAGUAGAGAAUAGCGCGGUGGUCAGUAGUGGCCUUAGUACUAGAAAGAUAGCGUUAGAACCGGGUAGGAGGGGUGGCGUGUAGUCACGUGCCCUCGUAGUAUAUAGUUAGGGUUAGAUGGGUAGUCGAGGCCUUUCCCCAGAAACAUCAGCAGAGACUACCAUCUCUGAGCGUCGUAUAAUGUAAGCAGCAAGUCUGUAGGGGGCCCGUUCCACCGAACGUAUCGCGCUACUUGCUGGCACUUACAGUCUGGAACCGUGAGAGUGAGAAAGGGGUCUCCGUCCUCGCAGACGUCAAGAAGGAGGUACACCGUCAGAACCGGCUACAGCAACUCUGCCACCCGUUGUCUGGGGCAACCGCUGGGGUAGUGAUUGCUGUUCCUGUGUGCCUCUGGGGUCUUGGACGUCUGGAGCCGGUGCCGGACCACUGUCGCCUGAGAUCGUCGCCGCAUCUGCGUCCGUAGCCUGGGGCAACCAGAGGAGCAGCAAUGCCAGUGAGCUAGGGACAGUGCGUCAGGAAACUCACUCUCAACGUCAUCGCCAUCGUCAUUGCCAGGGGCAGCGGUGUGUGACUUGUCAACUCAGCCAGUAGUGACAGUAGUGUGCCAAGGCAGGUCUGUGGCUGUCCACUACUGGUUGUCUAGAGGCAGUCCAUCGUGAACGACGCUGCCGUGAAGAACUAUUCGAGACUGAAGAACUGUACGCUCCAGGGGGGAGCGUUCGUCAUACGAAGAUCCAGAGAUUAGAAGGAAAGUGUGUUUGUUUCAUUUUGUACUCUUUGCAUUGUUGUGACUCGAUGAUAGUCUGCGUAUUCAUAGCCUCAUAUUGCGUCACGUGUCAACCUAAUUUGCUUUGUUAAUUUUCUUAUUAGACUAGGUGUUGAAAAACUAUAAUUAGUAUUUUGGGGGAAAAAAUGGUGUAAGGUAUUUUUUAAGGACAAGCAGAUGCUGAGAGAAAAAUCACAAAGAUAUCAAGACAUAGUUAUAAGGCUAAUUUCAUUAAGAAACUGUCAGGAGCGGGCUACGAUGGCGUCUUAGAUAACCGAUGAUUUUAUCAGACGUCAGCUCGCUGCUUUCAUCUUCCCCUGUGAUGCCACGCGUCUGCACGUCAGACAACGCACUGUAUGCUCAUUACCGUUGUAACGACUAGAGGGAAGAUCAUUUUGUGAAGAAUAGUAAAGAGAGGAAGAGGUCUUUUGGUGGAUACAAAUGCUGCGAUUCUUGUUAUUUCUUCUGUGCGUGUCUCGUGUCCUGGCGAAGGAUACAGAAAGAUGCCAAGGGAAAGACUGCGAGAUAAAGACCUGGCACAAUAAAAACUGCAGGACAAACGACGAUUGCAAUCAGCCACUUGCCGUUUGCUAUGAAAAUCAGUGUCGGUGUGACCCAGGGUACUACUACACCACAAACGAUACGUGUACUAGCACAUGCAGCACAGGCGAGUUGCAGAGCAACUUUACAGAGUAUCCUGACAGCGCUAUACGUGGAAACCACCUUGAUCGCAUUAAUGGAAUCAGUCUGGAAUACUGCAAGGGCAGGUGCCAGACCCUUAGGCGUUGCCUCACCUUUGAUUUUAAAGCCAAUGGAGGUCAAUGUCGGUUUCAUAAUGUCACCGCUCGUGAGGCUCCCUCAGACUGGUCUCCUAAGACGAGUACAGGCUGGACCCACUACCAGAGAUCCUGCAAGUCCACUUUGGCCACAGACGACAACUGGUACAACUUACUGUGUAAUAGCAGGAUCAACUGUCCAGACCCGAACAGCGACUGCUUGUCAGGCAGAUGCUUCUGUCAAUUAGGCUUCAACUUUAAUGAAGCCAUGAAGAAGUGUGUUACAAGCGUGCUAAAGACUUGGCACAAUGCAAGUUGCGGGACAGACGACGACUGCGAUGAGCCACACGGCGUGUGCUACAAACGUGUCUGUCGGUGUCACCCCGGGUACUACUACACCACACAGGAUACGUGUACUAGCACAUGCAGCACAGGCGAGUUGCAGAGCAACUUUACAGAGUAUCCAGACAGCGCUCUACGUGGAAAUCUCCUUGAUGUCAUCAAUGGAAUCAGUGUGGAAGACUGCAAGGGCAAGUGCCAGGCUGACAAUCGUUGCCUCACCUUUGAUUUCAAAGUUCUGUCUCUUUCUCUACCUACCGUGCCAGCCCAUGGAGGUCUCUGUCGGCUUCAUAAUGUGACAGCUCAUGAGUCUCCGUCAGACUGGUAUCCUAAGAGGAGUAAAGGCUGGACACACUACCAGAGAUCCUGCAAGUCUACUUUUGCGUCACACGAUAACUGGUACAACUUACUGUGUAACAGUGGGAUCGAUUGUUAUGACCGAAACAGCGACUGCUUGUCAGGCAGAUGCUUUUGUCAGUCAGGCUUCAAGUUCAAUGAAGCCGAGAUGGAGUGUCGUGCUCCAAGCGAGCUGAAGACCUGGCACAAUACAAGUUGCGGGACAGACGACGACUGCGAUGAGCCACACGGUGUGUGCUACAAACGUGUCUGUCGGUGUCACCCCGGGUACUACUACACCACACAGGAUACGUGUACUAGCACAUGCAGCAGAGGCGAGUUGCAGAGCAACUUUACAGAGUAUCCAGACAGCGCUCUACGUGGAAACCACCUUGCUAGCUCGGAUAGAGUCAGUGUGGAUGUCUGCAAGGGCAGGUGCCUGGCCGACAAUCGUUGCCUCACUUUUGACUUCAAAGGCCAUGGAGGUCUCUGUCGACUUCAUCAUGUGACAGCUCUUGAGUCUUCCUCCGACUGGUCUCCUAAGACGAGUAAAGGCUGGACCCACUACCAGAGAUCCUGCAAGUCCCCUUUUGCAUCAAACGAUACCUGGUACAACUUACUGUGUGACAGUAAGAUCGCCUGUCCAGACCGAAACAGCGACUGCUUGUCAGGCAGAUGCAUGUGCCAUUCAGGCUUCAAGUUCAAUGAAGCCACGAAGAAGUGUGUUGUUACAAGCGAGCUAAAGACCUGGCACAAUACAAGCUGCGGGACAGACGACGACUGCGAUGAGCCACACGGUGUGUGCUACAAACACCUGUGUCGGUGUCACCCCGGGUACUACUAUACCACACAGGAUACGUGUACUAGCACAUGCAGCAGAGGCGAGUGCAGAGCAACUUUACAGAGUAUCCAGACAGCGCUCUACGUGGAAACCACCUUGCUAGCUCGGAUGGAGUCAGUGUGGAUGUCUGCAAGGGCAGGUGCCUGGCCGACAAUCGUUGCCUCACCUUUGACUUCAAAGCCCAUGGAGGUCUCUGUCGGCUUCAUAAUGUGACAGCUCAUGAGUCUCUUUCACACUGGUUUCCUAAGACGAGUAAAGGCUGGACACACUACCAGAGAUCCUGCAAGUCCACAUUCGCCUCACACCGUACCUGGUACAACUUAUUGUGUCACAGCGGGAUCGAUUGUCCUGACACAAACAGC